AAACAAUGACGACGCCGCCUUGAGUCAAGGGCUGCACUUAAAGAGACGUGCCUCACAUCUGCUGCUGUAUAUUACAAGCAGAGAGCUGCGCUGUCAGUCAAACCUCACAAGAAAGAGUCUGCCAUCAGAGGAAGAUGCACUCUCAUCAGCUGGUGUUCAUGCUCAGUGCUGUGAUGUGGAUUAUGAUAAUCGCAGAUGCAUAUCCAUACACAACAGACACAGACAUCCCUGCAGAGGACAUGACCAAAUACUAUACUGCACUACGACACUAUAUCAAGCUCAUCACACGACAAAGGUAUGGGAAGAGAAGCAGUCCUGAGCCCAUGUUCCUGAGUCUGCUGUUGAGAGAGACACAAGAAAGCAUUCCUGAGUCAACAUAUGAUGAAGCAGGCACUGAACACGACAAGAUCAGAUUAAAGGAAAUAUCCAGUUGGUAAUGAAAGAUAUUUUUCCAUCCACCAAGUGAUGUCAGCGGUGACCAGAGAGUGGCAGUGUGCAGCUUUAAACCUUUGCUCUGAUACUGUUUUCAUACCCUUUGGUCAUUAUGUUCUGUAUUAUUAAU